UUUUUUUUUAACAGUCAACAAUAAUACAAUGGGUAUCCCAACUCACAUGUCACCAGAAGAAGCUCGAUAUAGACAAGAAGCUCAAGAGUUAAUGCAAAAGCAAGAUCAAUUACUCAUUCGACUACGCGGCUUGGAAGAAGAACUACAAACACAAGGUAUUGGGAUGGAUGAACCUUUGAUUGAUAGCCAAGGUUAUCCUCGGUCUGACAUUGAUGUAGCAGCAGCGCGACAUACACGCAACCAAGUAUACCAUUUAAGAAACGAUCACAAAAAGGUAAUGGCUGAAAUAGAAACGGUUUUACAUCAAUUGCAUCAAGUCAGUAAACCAAGAACGAACGAUCAAGAAAAUCAACAACCAUCAACAGCAACAACCAAUGAUAGCACUAAUCCAGCAACAUCCCUUUAUCCUUUCGCUAAAGUUAAUGCGGUAUCACCUGAUUCUCCUGCCUCAGAAGCUGGUUUACGUUCUAACGAUCUUCUCGUACAAUUUGGAAAUAUCACAAAUGCCAACUUCCAACAAUUAUCUUCUCUAACUUCGGUAGUGCAAGCAUCUUUGAAUCAACCUCUGGAAAUCAAGAUCAUGCGAGGUCAAGACACGCUGACGUUGACGUUGACACCAAGGAAUGGAUGGGGUGGUCGAGGGGCAUUGGGAUGUCAUAUUUUACCAUAUACAGCAUAGUUUAGUUUUAUCGUUGUAGUUGUAGUUUAGUAUAGUUGGCCAUUUAUCAAUAAAACAUUCACAUAUAUUUUUUUGUUGUGAAUUUAUUGGAACUAA